CCCAAACCAUGGGCUGCAAACUCCGUAGAGCUGAAGACAGUUCGUUGUAAUCCUCAAGAGUGUCCUCACGGAGGCCACUCGUUCACUUGUGGAUUCACUUAUCGUCUUCACGAAGACACAAAUGCCGACUUUGAACUUAUUUACGAACGUGCCUGUGGAUUCCGUCGUGGCUUCUGAUAUUCUCAGGGACGCCACCAAAGCUGUUGCUAAAAUCAUUGGCAAACCUGAAUCCUAUGUGAUGAUUUUGUUAAAUGGGCAAGUACCUAUUGCAUUUGGUGGUACUGAAGAGCCAGCUGCAUAUGGAGAACUGAUCUCCAUAGGGGGACUUAAUCCAAGUGUUAACGGAAAUCUGAGUUCAACAAUUGCAGAAAUUCUUGAAACUAAGCUAUCAAUUGAUAGCUCUCGUUUCUAUAUCAAAUUUUAUGAUGCUCAGCGAUCAUUCUUCGGGUUCAAUGGCUCAACUUUUUGAUCAGGCAUUCUUUCUAGCCAUGAAAGAGCUUCCAUUGAAACAAAAUCUGGUCGUUUAAUCUUUCUGAUGAAUUGUGUGAAAUUUGGGUGCUUGGUUGUAGUGUGUUAGACAUAAACAUCACUAUCUAUCCAUUUUUGACAUGUUAUCUUCCUUUGUCUUUCAUUCUUAUCUUUCUGAAAUUUGUACAUGAAGAAUAUUCAAUAGAAUUUCUUUUAUUUUUGGGUGAAUUA